CUUCAUCCUCCACCACAGGUAUCUCUGACUGCCAGCCAUGUACCUACACCUGCUGUUUGUUUGUCUUGCAUCAGUCUGUUGGGUGUCUGCUGAUGAAAAAUCAUGCAAUACUACAGAAUAUCAGGCAGCUUAUGAAGAACUUCACAAAGAGCUUGGCUUGUUGGAUAAUAGCAAUGCAACUAACCAAGUCCGGCCUCUGAGUUAUGACGACUAUACUGUGGUUUUAUGGGAUUUGUAUCUGAGCUCAAUCACAGAUGUGGAUGAGAAUGCCCAGACCAUGUCAACACAAGUAAUACUUAGUAAUGCUUGGUACAAAGAUAAAGUCUAUUGGGAGCCUGACGAUUUUUGUGGCAUUUCCUCAAUUUCAGUUCAAAAAGAGUUAUUUUGGAUUCCAGACGCUGUCUUCAUGGAAAGCAUCAAGACAGAGUUUGCAUCAGAGUCUCCAUAUGUCACAUUAAACUGGAAUGGCUACUUUGUCAAGGUUGACAUUUUAUCUUUGACCACUGUCUGUAGCAUGGACUUGUACAGAUUUCCCUUUGACACACAAACCUGCGACCUAACUCUUCGAUCUUUAUCACUUAGAGAUAAAAUAGUAUUGGGAGACUGGUCCAGCGUAUCAUACCAACAGUCACUUCAGAUCCCAGGAGAGUGGCAACUUCUAGAUGUAAUAUCACAGGGCAAUCAUGAAGAAACCUAUGGACAUUUAUUAUUUCAGAUCACCAUAAAGAGGAAACCUCUUCUAUAUAUAUUCAACUUAAUUUUUCCAGUAUUUUGUUUCCUUGUGCUGGAUGUGGCAUCCUUUUUCAUAAAUGCAUCUGCAGGAGACAAGUUGAGUUUUAAAGUGACUUUACUGCUGUCCCUUUCCGUGUUACUGCAGAUUCCUACUGUCAGUGUAAUCCCAUUAAUUGGGAUUUACUCAUGUUCAAUUUUUGUACUUAUUGGCUUAAGCAUUCUGGAGACCAUCUUUGUGAAUAUUCUGAUUGUUAAAGGAAAAGAGACCGAAUCAGCAAUAUCAAUGGAAACCAGAGAUGUUGUAAAUGGUCAAGAUGGACACAGCACCGACAGUUUCGCCUUGGGUGGUGUAAGAGACCAUAUGGACACAGAUACCAGUGGAAAUGAAGAGUCAACAUGUACCAGUGACACUGGAAAGAGGGCCUCACUGUGCUGGACCAGAGCAGCAAAAAUAAUAGAUGUGACCUAUAAUGUUCUUUACAUAAUCACUGUUAUUGUGCUUCUGUCUGUUCUUGGCAAACGUUGGUUUCUGUAA